CCACCGCUAGCAGAGGGAAGAGGGCUGAGCCUUUCAAGCUGCUGGGGGAACUUGAAGAGAGCAGGGGGAGGAGGAGAAGAAGGAUUGAUAUAACAAGAGCGGCUGUCGAUGCGCAGCGCAAUUCUUACCCACUCCAAGUCUGUGAACCAAGAGCGAUAAAGGGGAGCGGGCUUUCCAUUCAUUUCGAGCAACUUUUCUUUCUUGAGUCCGUGGCGCGGGUCCGUUCACCAGAAAAUACUCAUAUAUUUUUUUAGAUUAAAAAAAAAACUCCUGAAAUACGAGACAACGAGACAUCAGCACAUCUGCAACUUUACGAGACCUCCGAGCUGGGAAGUUUGAUUCCCGUACAACUGCAUGACAUUUCUUUAAAGGACUUGAGAGCCUGUCAGAGUUUCUUCACCUACCGCGUGGUGUGGGAUUUUGAGCUGAAACGGGGAGUUCUCAAAUGCAAAAGUACAUGUAUGAGAAAGCAAUGGCACAAGAGACAAGGAACGGAGGAACCUCUACGUUAAAUAACAACAAUGGUGUUGACAACAGCAAGAAGAAACUGUUAAUAGCGCUCGACGUCUUCUGUCUUCUACUUGCUAUGCUGCCCUCGCUGGUUCUGCACCGCACCUCUAUUCGUCCAUACCGGAGGGGUCUGUACUGCAGCGACACCAGCCUGAAUUACCCCUACAAGAAAAGCACCGUCCCCUCCUCGGUGCUUAUUUCUGUUGGGUUGACACUGCCCGCGGUGUCCAUUGCGAUUGGGGAAUGCUUCAGGAUUCACCAACUACAUGAGGGAACCAAGUCUUUCGUCGGGAAUCCCUACGUCGCUGCCCUCUACAAACAGAUGGGCGUGUUUCUCUUUGGUUGUGCCGUCAGCCAGUCAUUCACAGACAUUGCCAAGGUGUCGGUGGGUCGUAUGAGACCCCACUUCUUAGAUGUGUGUAAUCCAGAUUUCUCCACAAUCAACUGUUCACUGGGAUAUAUCACCAACUAUACCUGCAAAGGCUCAGAGAGUGAUGUUCAGGAGGCCAGGAAAUCCUUCUUCUCAGGACAUGCCUCUUUUUCAAUGUUUACCAUGCUCUACCUGGCUUUCUAUCUCCAGUCCAGGUUCACAUGGCGCGGCGCUCGUCUCCUCCGCCCGUUGCUCCAGUUCACCCUGUUGAUGAUGGCUUUUUACACCGGCCUAUCGCGUGUCUCCGACCACAAGCACCACCCGACUGAUGUCCUGGCAGGCUUUGUGCAGGGAGCCCUGGUGGCCUACUGCAUAGUGUUCUACGUGUCAGACCUGUUCAAGCCCAGGGUGAAGCCAGCCACGCCUCCGCCCUCCCCGAUCAAGAAGGAGCUGCUCCCUUCAUCCGACAUCAUCGAGAGGAACAACCACCACAACAUGGUGUGAGAGAGGCCCCAUCUCUUUCCUGUGACUGAGGAGCCAAUCACAGCGCUGCUCACCUCCCAUCGGACAGUAGAAUGUAGCGACGAGAGACUGUAGCUGCUUCUCAAAUGGCAUCCUCCUCCCCUUUUGCAGUGCCCAGCCAGGCACUUUGUGGACUAGGGUGUCAGAUUUGAGAUUUGCACAGCAGAGUCCACUCUCACUAUCCAGACGUAUUAUUUGCUAUUAUGUUAACUACUAAUCAACAUUUGAGCCCAUCGUUUUGAGCACAAGCAGAACAGAAUUGGAAGCUAGAAGACAAAAUGAAUUAAGAAAUUGAUGACUUGACAGGCAGAGCUGAGGGUGUGGAGGUUUGACAGAAGUGUAACCACAUAAAGGAAAAUCACUCGUGACGAAAAUGAAGAAAAGAGACAAAAUGAAAAAGGAAAAAAAAAAGACAAACCCCCUGCCUAGGGAGAGAGGGAUGCUUUCCUCUCUGAACUCUCUGUG